CGGUCCACGUGACGAAUGGCGCCUAGCUCGCACACGUGUACCCCGAAUCCUCUUGAAUCAGCCCUGACGCAUCCUAACCACUCAUCUUCCUCAAAAGAGCUUCACCCCGUAAGUUCACUUCAUCACCAGCACAGCUCGUAUUCUCUUCUCCCACCACUUGAGCUACACCACCUUGCGAGCGAAAACGAAACCGUCCUUUUGAAAGCUCUCUCUCUCUCCCUCUUCCUUUCCCUUAUCCACCCCUGGCUUGCGUUGGCAUCAACAAAUAGAAUGGCAGAUAGUGAACCUGUGUUUGCACAAACAGCGACUGUCAUGGAAUAUCCACCCAUGGGAUAUGCCUCUGCCGACUACGCUGUGGCCCAUUCGACCACUGUUUCCGACGGUGUUUGUACUGCUGGUGCUGCUAGCGGGGAUUCAACUGUCUCUGCCGCUCCCACAGAUCCUGUUCAUCCCGUGCCAGAUGGUUCUAGUGUAGGCAUCGGAAAUACAUACAAUAUGGAUCCAGAUUUAGUUAAGUCAGAAGCUCCCCUCGACCCAACAUACAAUGUCAAGGCUGUUGGAGUGACUGAUGCCAGCGCGAACGUUGGCAGCGAGGAAAGUGUGGUGGUAGAAUCGAAUCCUCCCCUUGGUUAUGAUUCUACAAAUGGCAAUCAUGUCAGUGAAACAAGGAGUUUCGCUGCGGCAGGAAAUGGUGAGAAUGGGAGUGCUUUGAAUGAGGCUGGUGAAGCUGCUGUUGACCCGCAGUUUGAGGAGGGUACUGCGAUUUCUACUGAAGAAGAUCGACUAUGGAGCUCUGUAAGGGCUAACUGUCUGGACUUCAAUUCCUGGACUGCGCUCAUCCAAGAGACAGAGAAAGUGGCAGAGGAUAAUAUAUUAAAAAUUCAAAAAGUAUAUGAUGCAUUUUUAGCAGAAUUCCCGUUGUGUUAUGGUUACUGGAAAAAGUAUGCGGAUCAUGAGGCACGUUUGGGUGCUAUUGACAAAGUUGUUGAGGUGUAUGAGCGAGCUGUUCAAGCUGUGACCUAUUCUGUCGACAUUUGGCUGCACUAUUGCAUGUUUGCAAUAUCAACAUAUGGAGAUCCAGAUACUGUUCGAAGGCUGUUUGAGAGAGGAUUGGCAUAUGUUGGAACAGAUUACUUAUCUUAUCCCCUUUGGGAUAAAUAUAUAGAAUACGAAUACUCACAGCAGGAAUGGGGCCACCUGGCUAUGAUAUACACCAGGAUAUUGGAGAAUCCUAUUCAACAACUAGAUCGCUAUUUUAACAGUUUCAAAGAAUUAGCUGGAAGUCGGCCCUUAUCAGAAAUACAGACAGCUGAAGAAGCUGCUGUGGCAGUUGCCAGUUCGAAGACUAGUAGCCAAGGAGUCGAUGGCAGUGUUCAUCCUGAUGGCAUGGAACAAUCUCCUAAACCCUUAAGUGCGGGCUUAACAGAAGCAGAGGAAUUGGAGAAGUAUGUCGCCAUUAGGGAAGAUAUGUAUAAGAAAGCUAGAGACUUCGAUGCUAAGAUCCUUGAUUUUGAAACAGCUAUUAGGAGGCCAUACUUCCAUGUGAGGCCCCUUGAUGAUCCACAGCUUGACAAUUGGCACAACUAUCUGGAUUUUAUUGAAAAAGGAGACGACUUCAACAAGGUCGUCAAGUUGUAUGAAAGAUGCCUGAUUGCUUGUGCCAAUUAUCCGGAAUACUGGAUACGUUAUAUAUUAUGCAUGGAAGCCAGUGGAAGUAUGGAACUUGCGAAUAAUGCUCUUGCUCGUGCUACCCAAGUUUUUGUCAAGAGACAGCCGGAGAUUCACCUUUUUGCUGCUAGAUUCAAAGAGCAGAGUGGUGAUAUUUCAGGAGCCCGCGCCGAGUAUCAGCUCAUGUAUUCUGAACUUUCACCUGGUCUUCUAGAAGCCAUAAUCAAGCAUGCAAACAUGGAAUUUCGACUGGGUAACUUGGAUGCUGCUUUUUCUGUGUAUGAGGGGGCUAUUGCCACUGAAAAAGGAAAAGAACAGUCUCAAAUAUUGCCAAUGCUAUUUAUUCAAUACUUGCGAUUUCUCUACUUGGUUGCCGGUAAUGGAGAGAAAGCCAGGGAGAUACAAGCUGGAGUUCUUGAACACGUGGAACUCUCAAAACCACUUUUAGAGGCUGUAAUCCAUCUAGAGUCAAUUCAAUCAUUCCCGAAACGAAUUGAUUAUUUGGAUUCAUUGGUGGAGAAGUUCAUAACACCCUACCCUGAUAACCCGAAUAUGACGAGUAUCACCGAGAGAGAAGAGUUGUCUAGCAUAUUCUUGGAGUUUUUGGAUCUAUUUGGAGACCCACAAUCAAUCAAGAAGGCUGAAAAUCGGCACUUUAAGCUGUUUUUACACCAAAGGAGUGUUGUGUCAGAGUCUAAAAAACGGCGUGCUGAAGAUUUUCUGGCUUCAGAGAAGGCAAAGAUGGCCAAGUCUUAUGCAGCUGUUCCUUCACAAGCUCAAUCGCUCAUUGGUGCAUAUCCAAAUGCACAGAACCAGUGGGCUGCAGGUUAUGGACUUCAACCUCAAGCUUGGCCACAGGCUCCUCAAGCACAGGGCCAGCAGUGGAAUCCUGCCUAUUCUCAACAGGCUGGGUAUAGUAGUUAUGCUGGCUACAGUGGCUAUCCCCAGGUAUCAACAACAACUCCACAGAGUGGUGCUGCUUACACUUACCCUCAAGCAUAUCCUCCUGCCCAGCAGGCUUUUCCACCACAGAGCUAUGCGCAGACGGCCCCAGCUUUAGCUCCUGCUCCACAACAAACCCCAGUCCCUCAGGCAUACUAUGGCAGUUAUUACUGAGAUGGCAAGAUUAUUGAGACAAGCUCUGCCUUCUGUAAACUAGAAUGUCUUUUUCUUUUUUCCUGUUCUUUUAUUUUUUCCUCCAUAGAAAUUGAGCUUUAAUGAUGUUAUUAGGAUGUCAGUGUGAGUUAGCCACGUAGGAAGGAAAGCUGAGCCGACCUCUUUUCACUCCCUAUAUCGAGAUGAUGAGAGGAGGGAUGUGGAAUCCGUUUUGGUUGCAACUAACCCAAUAUUUUAUGCAAUGUAAUUGUAUUCAGGCUAUUUUUAUGUUUCCUUCUCACCUCAUGUUAUACAAGCACACGGGGGAAAUGCUUGCAUAGUGAUGCAGUGCAAGUGGGCCUGACCUAUAUGGAGGGAUGGGAUUGGUCGUGGCAGCUGAUACCAUGGGUUGCAUGCGUCCAGGGUCUGCAUGGUGGGGUAGGAUGAUCUCUGCCAACCACGUAUAUGGCGGACAUGCACAUGGCAAGCUCAUAUCCGUUUGAAUUCAAAAUUUGGUGGGAAUACUGAAGGUAUUUUGGACAUCUCUUGUUUGUGUUUAUGUUUAGUUGUAGUCUUGGAUAACUAGUUGCAAGAUUAGUUAGUUUUUGGAGUUUGUUACAAGGUUGUUGAGUAGUUAGAGGGAAUAAUAUAAAUACUUAUUUCGAGAAUUGUAAAGGGGAUUGGAUUGAAUUUGAAUGAAAUUUCAUUUAUUGUAA